AUGGUCAACGAACAGGAUCGCCAACAUCUCCGCCUCGCCGUCUCACUCGCCAAAGAGGCCCUCGAAGCCGGCGACGCACCCUUCGGCUCAGUUCUCGUAUCAUCGGAUAAUAAAGUCCUGCAAACCGACCGCAACCGCACCGUCACAGGCUCCAACGGCGACAGACGCGCCGACUCAACGCUGCACCCAGAGUUCACGCUGGCGCGCUGGGCACAGCUAAACCUCAGCGCUGAGGAGCGCGCAGAGACGACGGUGUACACAAGCGGUGAGCACUGCGCUAUGUGCUCUGCUGCGCACGCGUGGUGUGGGCUCGGAAGGAUUGUGUAUGCUUCCUCGACGGAGCAGUUGGAGGCUUGGAAGGCUGAGUUUGGAGUUGGGGCACCGGUUGCGCCGUUGGGUAUCAACCAGGUUGCUCCGGGGCUCAGGGUUGAAGGGCCUGUGGAGGAUUUGGCUGAGGAGGUCUAUCAGCUUCAAGUUGAGAGCUGGACGAGCAAGGGCUUCAAGUCCAAGUCAAAGGCUUGA